CGAACUAAAUGCUCGGAAAACUAGAAACUGCAUUGUCUCGAAGAAACGAAAUUUUUUUUAUUAUAUCAUAAGGAAACUUGCAAAAGCAGUUCACAGAAGAAGCCAUGACAGUCCAGGACAAGAAAGACAAGCACUUUAGGGAAUAAAUAUGACAAGUUUAUAAAAGGAGCUGUUAAUGCUAGUACAUCCCGUCCUCGGCUAUCUUUACCUGUAGUUUUCUGACAGACGCACGCGCAUUAGAAGGCCCCGACAGCACCUGCCAGGAGAGUGUUUCAUUGAGAAACGGACGCAGCGUACACAGAACAAAGCUUACCCACCGUACGUACCCACCAGUGCUUGUACACCAGGCCCAAUGGGAAGAUUGUUACUACCGUUGCUGUUGAUGGCCAUGGCACUGACAUUAACCAGAGCCCAGCAGUUUACUUUUGACCUCUCCCCAUCGGUCAGGCAGCAACGCCAGCCACCAGCAGUUCUUGACCUUUGGGCUCCUACAACCAUCAGAGAGCGGAAAACGUCGAAUGCCAAAUUCUUCGUCAGAGAACGACGCGGAUCUCGACAAUACGAUGUUCCCCAGAUUGAGUGCCCGCCCGCCGAAGACGGUACUGAAAGGUUUGCCUGCCCUACCCCAGACAGAAUGAGCCGGUACCGAUGCAUAGAUGAUCACGAGUUGUGUGAUGGUUUCAUUGACUGUCCUCAAGGUGAGGACGAAGAUAGACAGGCCUGUAUGUUUUAUAAAACGGUCGCGCUGCUGUUCCUUGUGGCUUGUUCCAUCCCAUCUGCUCGAGCAGAAUCAUACGGAGUCCCACUUCCGGUUCCUGCAUAUCAGCCACCUCAACUGUACAAGCCAAGAGCUGUUAUCGGACCUGACGUAUACGAGGAGUCUCCAAAGCCUUACAACUUUGGCUACCAGAUUCAAGACGAGGCUGGCAACACUCAAGAACGGGAAGAAUCAGGAGACGAGGCCGGCAAUGUCCAAGGGAGCUACGGUUACACCGAUGGUUUGGGGCUCUAUCGUAAGGUACAAUACGUGGCUGACACUGAGGGUUUCCGGGCAACAAUCGAAUCCAAUGAGCCCGGUCUUACUAACGCUAAUCCAGCUAACGUCGAGAUUACUGCCCAAGAACCUCCAGCUCACAUUCAGGACGCUUAUUCUGCUCCAAUCAAAGCCGUUGGAUUCAAAGGGCCCGCUGACCGCAGUUACAGCGUGCCUCGUCGUUUCUUAAAUCCUCGACCUGUAGCCCCGUCCCACAUAACCUUGCCCCACCCUGGAGCCUCUCCUCUCAGAUCAAUCAGUCCAACUAGACUCGCCGUGCUGCCUCACGGAACGGUGGGUUCUAACCGAGUUGGCGUUUCGCCUUUUACAGUGACCAGCUUUAAAGGCCCUUCAAUCUCCAGUCCUCGUUUUCCAAGUGUGACCUCACGCGACUCAGAAAACUAUUGAUACGCUGGAUGAAUUAUGGUGAAAACACGCCGUACCGAAUGUAUUAUACAGUUUAACGACACAGUUCACAUGUUGAAACUGACAGAAAUGUAUUGUCAAUGGCUUUUUUUUCUGCGUUGUACUAUUUUGCUUUCCAUACAUGGAGAUUCAUAUAUAUAUAUAUAACUGCGUUUAAAGGCUUCAAUUUAAUUAAAAAAAUAUAUAAGC